AUGGCUACUCAGGAGGGUGGUUGUUGUUUUGAGUCCUGGAUGUAUCCGAACAGAUGGCAACAAAUGGGCGGUGAGAAAUGUGAUCAAGACUCAUCAAGUUGUGCUGCCAGUGAAUGGAGUUUGGUCAAGAAGUUGGGUCAAGCUCGAGCCAACGAAGUCUUUUUGAAUCACUGGAGUACUUGGUUUACCCAGGAGCACGUCGAUCGCAUCAAAGCUCUCAGUUUGGAUCACGUCAAAAUUCCUAUGGGGUUUUGGAUUAUUGAAGAACUUGUUCAACAUCCCGCAGAAAGGUAUCCACAAGGUGGUUGGUUGGAGCUCAAACGCGGUCUUCGUCAGCUCAAAUCAGCUGGUCUCAAUGUCCAGUUGAGCAUGUAUGCCAUGCCCGGUGUAUCUACUGCCAACCAAAACUUUGCAGGUAAUAAUACAGAUCAAGUACACUUUUACGAGGACGCCAAUUAUCGUAGAGCUCUUACUUGGGCUGCUAUCUUGACUGCUAUGUCUCAUCUUGAUCCUGACUUUCAACGCGUACUUGGAAUUCUAAGUGUUAACGAACCCGAACGAAAUACUACCAAAACUCCUGGCUUAGAACAAUAUUACGCCGACUUUGUUACAAUUAUAAGAGUAGUAGAGUAUGCACUCGGAAUCUCAUGUGACGUGGACCUUCAACCUGCACUCCAGAGAAUGUCCAGUUCUCACAAUGUGAUACCGGCUUUACUAGCAGCAAUCCCAUUGCUACCGGUCUAUGCCGCCAAAGCCAAUCCACCACUCGAUGUCAAGGCCCUCACAUGUUUUCUUAUCGAACAAUGUCAUGAGUCAAGCAACAAUCGAACUCACUCAAAUCAAAGCCUGAAUUCUACGCAGCAUUUGGUAUCUGACCCCAAGCUUGAAAUCACCACGCAUGACACGUCUACAGCAUCAUCACACGUUGAUGUUGUCAAUGAUCCCGUGAUUGGCAUUUCCCAAGGUGCAUAUGUACGCCCAUUUGUGCACAAACCAUUAUCUCAAGGCUAUAUCUCGCAUCGAUCAAGAAGUUAUGAAAACGUCCCAAGCUCUCGAAGGAGUCAACAAAGCUCUGAUCGAUUCUGUAUCACCACAAUGGCAUUGCCCAAAACAUGGCAAUGGCAAAACGACUCUGCAAGUAUGGCUCCUCAUGUUCUGGGACCUCGAGCGUAUGAAGAUCACUUAUACUUUGCAUACGGUGGAGUUGCAAAGAAUGCUACAUAUGACUCUUACCUUGAUACCAUUUGUGCAUUUGAUCGCGUGGAGGUUGCCAAAGCAAAUGGAGAGGUUCCAUAUGGGAUGGGAGAAUUCUCUUUAGCUACUAAUUUCAAUGCCACACUUGAUGAAUUGAGGGGAUGGGGAGACGCCCAAAAAUUCUAUCAGAAAAAGGCCUCAUUCUGGACCUUCUGGACCUUUCGAAUCGAGGACCCAAUAGGACCAGACGCAAUCAAGUUUGCCCAACAAUGGUCUUACUUCAGAGGAGUAGAUGAUGGUAUAAUUCCUGCUCAACCUUCUCAUCUGUUUAAUACUUCAAUCUGUCAAGGUCGAGAGAAGAAACUAAACUGA